GGAUAAAGCUAAGGUAAAGGAGAGAAGACGACGCAGAAUCAUAUCUUUGGUAACCCCAAAAACAAAUUCAAUUGUUCAGACUUGAGAGAGUAAAGAAAAGAAAUGGCAUCGUUGAAACUGAAUCCAUAAUUAUCAUCAUCAUCGUACAAUGUCGAUAUUACAUUCCCCCGCCUCCGUCCCCCCCUCUACCUCUCUGGGCUUUGACUUGAAUCUCUGCAGCUCUAGGAAUUACGUCGGUUUUAGCAGCGGCAGCGGCAGCAGCAGCAGCAGUUAUAAGGCUUUGAUAGCGCUAAAAGGAGGAGGAGGAGGAAGGAGGAGGGCAAGCCUGAGGUCCUUGAAGAGAAGUUCUCCAACCGAGCUUCGCUCUCCAUCGAUUUCUGCAGCACUUCCCCCUCUUGAUCUAACCGAGGAUAACGUCCGACAAGUCUUAGCCGACGCUCGAACCGAGUUCGCACAGAUUUUCGACAAUUCGGUGGGAAUAACCGGAGAAGCUGAGCUCGCUGAAGUGGAUGGCCCCUUCGUAAAGAUCAGUCUCAGAGGUCGGUUCUGGCACGAACGUUCCAUAGUUUUAGCCAGGCUUGGUAAUUACCUGAAGCAGAGGAUCCCCGAAAUUUUGGAGGUGGACAUUGAAGAUGAAAAACAAUUAGAUGACAGCUCCGAAAACUUCUGAGGUGGUCACGUUUUUUAUUUUUUCCCACUGCCAUCCUUCUCUUUUACUAUGUUAAAAUUCGCUCUGUUUACCGCAUGAACUUUUGAAAUGUUGCAUUAGAGAGCCACUUGCAUGCUUCUCUGUGAUUUUGAUGUUGGUCUCGUAAACUGUAAACAAUGUAAGACACAUUAAUGCUGAGUUCUUUCUUUA